AUGAAGCCCUGGGUUCGCCUACUCGUCAUGCUCAACUGUGAGGUUCUGAUGCUCCUGUCUGUGCUGGGAAGCCUCAGGAACAAACCUUCCUGUAGGAUGGUAAGAGAAAUUGGGCAGUGCUGGGUACAGCCUCCAUUAGAGUAUUGCAGGAAAAGGUGCACUAAAGUACAGGGAUGUUUAUAUCCAAAUCAUACCUGUUGCUGGACCUUCUGUGGAAACAUCUGCUUGGACAAUGAGUGAGUGGUUGUGGUGGGAAGGCUGGGCCUGGG